AUGGUUUUAGUUGGUAUGGGUCUAGUAUACAUGAUAUACCCAGCUAUUGCACCUGGUAUGAUCGUACCUUUUUAUUUGGUUGAUAAGAUUGAUAUGAUACUUCUGAUAGCUACAGACGUUCCACCCGUGAUUGUAGCUCUGCUAAAGAAAUAUAAUUAUGGACCAUUUGUAUUCUUGGGUAAUUGGGGUGGAAAUCAUAAUGCGUUUGGCCCAGCUGAAUCAGAUCCUAUCACUCAAGCAACCCUUGACCUCACAGACCUUACUAGUGGUCAUACUCUUACACUCCAAAAAAGUGAUGGUGGUGCUGUUCAAGUAGUCAAAUAUACUGUCGAUAGUGAGCAAAAAAGUAAAAUAACUCGGAUCAAACAGCAAACUGGUACGGCCACCAUUAACCUCACUCUAACUCUCACCGAAGUUACCCUUACACUCAAUGGUAAUACUCUCAAAGCCACUGGUUCAAUAACUGUUACCAGGAACGUCACACCUAGUGGUGGUCAAAAACUAGAAACGGCUCUCACCGGAUCUCAUACUCUAGAAUUCACCAGCAGCAGCACUCUCACUCAAGGAAAUCUUGAUUCUGGUGGUUCUAAUAGCGUAACUAUUGGUCCCAGUAGUGGAGCUACCAAUUCACUAAAUCUCACUGCCGCCGAUCCUGGCGACAAUCAAAGUAGGCCUACCAAACUCAAUCUAACCCUCAAGGCUGGUACCAAACGCGAUGGCGAUGGCGGUGAACUUCCUAAUGAAAGUCUGACCCUAGACUCCGGCAACAAUAGUCUCACCCUGUCAGGUGGUAUAGAAGGAACCCUCACAUACGCUAGUGCUAGUAGCGGUACUCUAACUGCCAACAUCAUUAAUAUCAGUUUUGAUCCAAAUGACUUUCAUUAUAGAUAUAGAACACAAUACUAA